AUGGAUGUGUUGAAACGUUUGGAUUUUGUAUUUAAUUUGCACGAAGGUUUUCCUUCUCACUGUCUUAAGCCUAAACAAGUUCAAUGUUUUGAAGCUCUUUUAAAGGGCAGGGAUGUUGUAGCUGUCCUUCCUACGGGUUAUGAAAAGUCGUUAAUUAUUCAACUUCUUCCUGACGUUAUACCACAAAAAAGUACAAGGAAUAUCGUUAUUGUGGUGUGUCCUUUAUCUUCAAUUAUAGAAGACCAAGUGCAGUUUUUAAACAGUGUUGGUAUUUCAGCAAUGUCACUUCAUUUCAAUAAUAGUUCCACAAGCUCUUAUGAAAAGGCAAUACUUUCCGAGCAAGGCAGAAAUUUAUUAAAGUCAACUGUGUAUCAAGAUAAUGUUGUUGGAAUUGUUAUUGACGAGGCCCAUUGUGUAGAAUUUUGGGGAGAAGAAUUUAAAAAAGAUUUUAAAGAACUUUCCACAGUGCGCACUUAUUUUCCAAAAGCAUCUAUGUUAGCCCUUACUGCAACUGCCUCACCUCAUCAUAUAACAAGUUUAGUGAAGUCAUUGAAUAUGUCAACAGCAAAAGUUAUCAGAGUAAAUCCCAACCGCAAAAACAUAUUUCUUGACAAAAAGAUCCGCAAAAGUAAUGCUUCUGGAUUCGAAAGCUAUGAGAAUAUAUUGUUACCUAUAGCAAAUUCAUUAAAUUCAGUAAGAGAAAAAUUUCCAAUGACAAUCAUUUAUAUGAAAUUAAAAUAUUGUGGUCUUGCCUUUAAUCUAUUUGAAAGAAUUUUAAGCACAUUUCAAUAUGUGGGAUUUGGAAAAACACCAUCUAGUCGUUUGUUUUGUCAAUACCAUGCACCGCAGACAAAAGCUAUGAAACAAAUUAUCAUAAAGAAAAUUUCUAAGAAGAACUCACGGAUCAGAGUUAUCUUUGCUACCACUGCGCUCGGAAUGGGUGUUAAUAUUCCACAUGUAGAAAAUGUUUACCACAUUACCCCACCCAGCAAUCUUGAAGCUUAUGUUCAAGAAAUAGGACGAGCUGGCAGAAGUGAGCAACCUGCAACAGCUAUUUUGUUUUACAAUAAUUCCGAUGUUUCGGCAAAUAAAACAAAUGUGGAUAAAAAUAUGAAAUUGUACUGCCAGACAUCAACUUGCCUAAGGGAGCAUAUUCAAAAACAUUUUGGUUUCAAGCACUAA